UUCCUCUUUCACUGAGCAGACAUCAAGACGAUCAACUGCGUCUCAUCACUCAGCAGACUCAUCAUCUAACAUGGGCGUUGGCCUGGUGGUGUCAUUGCUCGUGUCUCUGAUGCAAGGUGUCUCCUGUAAAACCUGGGAUUUGAUGCUGCCUAAAAGCAUUGUGGGUAUCGCUGAGUCCUGCAUCACUGUCCCAUGUGGUUUCAAGGUUCCUAAUAAUUUUGAAAACCAGGUCCAAAAUUGCACAAAUGGAGCCAUUUGGAGGAAAGAAAAAAUGUUUGGUCCUCUUGUCUUCAGUGGAUCCAACCCCCUCCACAACAAGAUACAGGGGUUUAUAGCUGGGAACUUAAAACAGAAGAACUGCACCACUGUGUUCCAAAGCUUCCCGGGGAACUACAGCAACGAGUACUUCUUGAGGCUGGAAUGUCCCAGGGACUUAAAGUUCACUUUCCAACAAGGAGUCACCAUCAGCGCUCAGCCGGACCCGCCGCCCCCUCUGCUGCCCCCUGUGAAGCAGGUGGCAGAGGGAGACCUGGUGACUCUGCAGUGUUCAGUCCCGGUGUUCUGCAACAUCCUGCCCCCUCCCUCCCUCACCUGGCUGCCCCGAGACAUCACCUGGCAGGAGGAGACACAGCUGCAGGAGCAGAAGUCUGAUGGACAGACGGUCAUCACGUCCACAGUGACCUUCAUCGCCUCGGCCACUCAUCACAACCGGAGCGUCACCUGCUGUGUUUCCUACCCGCUGACAAAAGGGGGCAGGACCAAGCCAUCUGCAAGCGCACAGAGACUCACCAUCAUGUAUGCUCCUCGAUCAACGGUGGCGACAGUCCACCCGUCUGGUCCGGUGUCUGAGGGCAGCAUUGUGACGUUCACGUGUUCCAGUGAUGCAAACCCACCCGUGAGCCUUUACACCUGGUACAGAGGCGACGAAGAAGGACAGCUGAGUAAGAGGGCUCAGGGAGAGAUGCUGAUCCUUCAGGUCAGACUAAACAACAGUGGGCUGUAUCUGUGUGAAGCUCAGUCCAGGAGAGGCUCUCAGAAAUCCAGACCCGUGUCCCUGCAGGUCGGAGCAGCAGGCGGUUGUAUUUACACUCUGGUUGUUCCCUGCGUUAUAUGCGGAGUGCUGUUCGUCCUCUUGAUCCUGACGGUCGCUGCGAGUGUGAACAAGUAUCAGAGUCUCUCCAGGAGGUUAAAGGAGUUUGAGCAGCAGGCAGAAAACACAUACACUGAUCUGAGGAAACGCAGUGUCGACGCUGACUACGACCAAAUCCAGCGGCAGCCUGAGAUGAAGACUUCUCCGGAUCUGUGUGACUACGAAAACAUGACAGGAGUGAGGAUUUCUGAAGUCAGCAGCGGCCAGAGCGGAGAGUUAAAGACUUCAAGAGAGCAGCUGUGAAAGCUUUGAAUCACAACAUUUUACAUCCUGCUUUGUUUUCAUCCUCCAUGUUCUCUACCUACAUCUUUAUCAGUAAACUUUAUGAAUGUAACGUGGAGCUGUGCAGUAAAUCUACAGCACAACAGACACUGAUCUCUGUUUUUUUAAUGACUUGAGCACACACGGUUAAAUAAAUUACUAAAACACACUUCA